AUGAGAUCGAGCAUCCUGUCGCUCCUGGCCAGCGCGCUGACUCUGGUCAGGGCGGGAGUGUCUGGAGGCUCGGACACAGAAAAGGAUGCUGUCGAGAGCACCAUAUUUAAUAACCAGACCGUUCCACCGCUGGUUGAGCUGACACCAUCAAACUGGGCCGAUGAGGUCAAAAAGAGCAAAUGGCUUUUAGUCAAGCACUUCAGCCCCUGGUGCGGCCACUGUAUAGCGUUCGCCCCAACAUUCCAGACACUGUAUGAGUUCUAUUACACAUCGAAACCCAAAGACGAUUCAACUUUCGAGAACUACUACGACUUCAGAUUCGGUGUGAUAGACUGCACUGUUUAUGCAGAUCUCUGCGGCGAGCACGACGUUGCGUCAUUCCCUACGACAGUUCUGUUCGAAAACGGCGCAGCGUUCGAUCGGGUUCAAGGCGCCAAGGGUAUGACCGCAAUUAGCGAUUUGGUUGAAAGGGGGCUCGAAAAAGAACAUCCUGGUUCCCGGUCCAAGACUAUAGACUUGCCAGAGCCUGGUGCUACAGAGUCCCCCAAGAAAACUCCAACCACUUCACAGGAUGAUGUCAACAAGGAUGAGGAGCCCAAGAAGAAUGAAGAGCCCAAGAAGAAUGAGGAGCCCAAGAAGAAUGAGGACGCCAAGAAGGAUGAGGGCGGCAAGCCUUCCAACAAGCCAUUGAGCAACGACUGGAAAGUCCCCACAGCUGGAGAAUUAGAAAAGGAGAGGAGGCCGAAAAAACCAAGUGUCACACCUAACCCUGAGGGUGUAUCAAUUCCUUUCGCGGCCGAAGGCUUCCAAAAAUUAGUGACCCAGACCCAGGACGCUUGGUUCGUCAAAUUCUAUGCCCCCUGGUGUCCUCAUUGCAAGGCGAUGGGCCCUACUUGGGAGCAACUUGCCAAGACAAUGCGAGGCAAGUUGAACAUUGGCGAAGUCAACUGCGACAAGGAGUCUAGGCUCUGUAAGGACGUUCAUGUCACGGCAUACCCAACGAUUAUGUUCUUCAAGGGCGGCGAGAGAGCGGAGUACUUGGGUCUUCGUGGCCUGGGCGACUUUGUACAAUUUGCUGACAAGGCAGUCGAUCUCGCCAGCGGCAUUCCCGAUGUCAAUGCAACGUCAUUCAAAGCAAUGGAGGAGACUGAGGACGUCAUAUUUGUAUACUUUUACGAUCAUGCCACGACGAGUGAGGAUUUCAGAGCCCUGGAAAUGAUCCCGCUGAGUCUCAUUGGUCACGCUAAACUAGUCAAGACCAAUGAUCCCACACUGUAUGAACGCUUUAAGAUCACAACCUGGCCCAGGCUACUGGUUUCACGAGAAGGCAGACCAACCUACUAUCCACCAAUCACACCCAAUGAAAUGCGAGAUAAGAACGAAGUCUUAAACUGGAUGAGGUCCGUAUGGCUUCCCCUCGUGCCAGAGUUGACUCCUUCGAAUGCUCGCCAGAUAUUCAAUGGCAAACUUGUGGUUCUCGGUAUUCUUAGCCAUGUGGACAAGGAUUCAUUUUCUAGUUCUCUUCGCGAAAUGAAAAGUGCGGCAAACGAGUGGAUGGACAGGCAGAUUCAGGAGUUUCAGCUCGAGCGUAAGAAGUUACGAGACUCUAAACAAAUGAGAAUCGAAGAGGCCGAAGAUCGAGGGGAUCAGCGCGCUUUGCGAGCCGCCAAGGGGAUUCGUGUUGAUAUGAAUAACUCUGGUCGCAAGGAAGUGACUUUUGCAUGGGUUGACGGUGUAUACUGGCAGCGUUGGAUCCGACAAACCUACGGUAUUGACGUCAAGGAUGGCGAGAAAAUUAUCAUUAACGACGAAGACAACCGUCGGUACUGGGACCAAACGGUAACCGGUAACUACAUUAUGGUUAGCCGUACUUCAAUUAUGGAGACACUUGACAAGAUUGUGUAUGGCCCGCACGUCAUUAAGUACAAGCUUACCGUGUCUACGAUUGAGAAGAUCUUCUUUGACAUCAAGGUCGCCUUCGUCGAGCACCCAUACCUGUCUAUGGGCUGCGUUCUUGGUAUGGCAUUUGGUACUCUGUCGUGGCUACGUGGUCGUUCUCGUCGUGCUCGGGGUGGACACUUCAGACUGGAUGAUGCCAUGGGUAUCAAUCAGCUCAAAGAAGGCCUAUUAGGUAUGAAUGGCAACAGCAACCAAAAAGCUGAUUAG